AAAGCGCAUCGUGAAUUCCAUCACAUAUUGUCGUCAGCACGACUUUCCACAUUAACUUAUCCGUUCGCUGAAACCUAUAUUAUACCAGUACGCCAUGCCUCGCGAUCCUUUGAUUGGUCUCGUCGGCAAGCCUUCGUCGGGAAAAUCAACAACACUCAACAGCUUGACAGAUGCUACCUCCAAAGUUGGCAAUUUCCCCUUCACCACCAUUGAUCCCCAGCGCGCAAUCGGAUAUCUGCAGAUCGAAUGCGCGUGCAAGCGCGUGGGCCUGGAGAGCAAGUGCAAGCCAAACUACGGGAGUUGCGUCGAUGGGCGGCGGAGCGUGCCGAUAGAGCUGCUCGAUGUGGCGGGCUUGGUUCCUGGGGCGCACAUGGGGAAGGGGCUGGGGAAUCGAUUUUUGGACGAUCUCAGGCAUGCAGACGCGCUGGUGCAUGUGGUGGAUGUGAGUGGGACGACGGACGCGGAAGGCAAGGCGACAAGAGGCUACGAUCCCAGUCAGGACAUUGUCUGGCUGCGCUCCGAGAUCGUGCGGUGGAUACAAGGAAAUCUGAUGGAGAAAUGGGGCUCCAUAAAACGGCGCCACGUUGCCGUCAAAGCGACCGCCGUCGAAACGCUGCAAAACCAGUUCUCAGGCUACGGCUCCACCUCCGCCGUCGUCGCGCGCUGCCUCGACAAGCUCGCCCUCAAGGAGCCCCUCCAAGACUGGUCCGACGCCACCGUCGAGGCUGUAGUCAACGCCUUCACAGAUGAGAAAUUCCCCACCGUCAUCGCGCUCAACAAGAUCGACCACCCGGACGCAGACAAGAACAUCGCAAAGAUCGCAAAGAUGCAGGAUCCCCAGAGCAUCGUGCUGUGCAGCGCGAUAUCCGAGGUUUUUCUGCGGAAGCUCGCGAAGCAGGGGUUUGUGAGGUAUACUGAGGGCAGCGAGUUUGUGGACACAAGGGAGGACCUUAUCGAGGCGGGGGAUCCGGAUGGCGGGGGGUUGAAAGAGCUGGACGAGAAGCUGCGCACAAGGAUCGAGAAUCUGAAGGACAUGGUGCUGUACCGGUUUGGCUCGACGGGCGUCGUGCAGGUGCUGUCCCGCGCGGCGGAUCUGCUCGGGCUGGUACCUGUCUUUCCGGUGCGGAAUAUCAGCAGUUUCUCAAGCGGGAGCGCGAGUUCGACGGCGGUGUUUCGGGACUGUGUGUUAGUCAAGAAGGGGAGCACGGUGGGCGAUGUGUACAGAAAGGUUAUGGGGGAUGCGCCGAUGGCGUAUGUGGAGCGGGAGGGGGGCGUGCGGGUUGCGGAGGAUGAUUUGGUGAAGGUGGGGAAGAACGAUAUCUUGUCGUUUAAGGUGGGGAGGGCGUAGGAGGCUGAGGGAGAGGGGAAGUCUCAGCUUGUGAGAAACGGAAUUUGUGACUGGGAUUAGAGUUUCGUGAACAAGAGAUGGACGAAGGCUCCCUCGGGAAGGCCUGGGCUCGAGCAUUUGGGAGAAGCACUCAUCAGUGUUGACAGCUAGGAGGAAGGCCGCUGAUCAGAUAUGUGACUUUUAUCUUGAAGGCAUUCCGAAUGAUUGAAAUUUCACAAUGCUUCAAUUGUACGUCACAAUUGAGAUACAUCUCUGCUUUUCAAUAGCUAGC